AUGUUCAGUGUCAUCCCAGCCAACAGACCCUGUCUGACCAACUACAUCACCAUCUCCCCCACCCAAUUCGCAUUCUCCUUCCCAUCAAGGCCCCACUUCUCCCAUCUCGUAGUCUUCAUCCUCCCCGGCAACACCCUGCCACCCAACACCGCCGCUGGCAUCCACAUCCAGCUUCCCGGCUCGCCCGAGUUCAGAUUCCUAGGCGCAAUCGGCAAUGAGAAACCUUCCGCCAUCUUCAAGAUCAACCUACCAGGCCCCAAGCCUCCUCCUGGAGAUUUCGACGCCAUGGCAAACUCAGAUAUAUCAGGACUGCCGGCGGCGAUGGCAGCAACAGCGUCAACCGCCGCGGAGCCAGAUAUAGGAGAUAUCAACAUCGGCAUCUCCGUUGAGCCAGCCGCCAACAUCCAAGCACAGCUGGCUGCUCUCCAAUCUCAGACACAGAGCCAGUCUCUAUCCUCUACCUCGGCUGACUUGGCGUUGGUGAUCCAUCGUCCGCCGCCCCAGACGAAGGAGCUGGCGCAGCGCAUCAUCAAGAAUGCGUUCAACUUCCUGGCUAGCUUUGCGGGAGAAGCUGGGCCGGGUGGGCAGGAGGUGGUGCCGCUGAGGAGCUUUCAGGAGUGGUGGACUAAGUUCGAGAGGAAAGUGCAGAAUGACCCGGGCUUUCUGGAAAGGGACGAGGGAGACUGA